CUAAGCUAAGAGAGUUAGAAGAAAAUGAAAACUUAACUCCAAAAUAUCCCUGUAUUACAAGAUGGGCAACAUUUUUAAAAGCCACAGAGACUCUUUUAUCAACUCGAAAUAAUACAAGUUUUUGGACAAAACUUGAUAAAUUUUUUAAUAUAUUAAAACCAUAUGAUUAUAUAGUUAAAAUUUUAGAAUCCGAUAAAGUAACACUUGGGCAUAUUUCAGUAUGUUGGGCAUGGCUCAGAAAAAUUAUCAACGAAUUACCUGAUGAUAGUAAUUUUUUAGACUUUAAAGACUUAAUGUUAGAUGAAAUUGAUAAUCGGUGGGAAAAAAUUUACAAUCCAAUUUUUGUAAUUACAUGGUUCUUACAUCCACACUAUCACGGUAAAGGAAUAAGAGAGGAAAGACUUCUGCAAUUACAAGAAGAUGCGUAUAGCCUAUUUUGUUUGCUAUAUCCAGAUAAAGAUAAUGAUGCAUUUAUUGAUGAAUGGCUUAUGUAUCAAAAUUAUGAAAAAUUUUUUAACAAAAAUUUAUCACUUAACCAUCCUAGUAUUACUCAAUCACCGUUAAGAUAUUGGCGAACUGUAUUUAUUCAUGCACCAAAUUUAGCCGAGUUUGCUUGUAGACUUUUUUCUAUACCGCCAAAUUCAGCAACAUCUGAAAGAGUAUGGUCAUUAAUGGGUAAUAUUCACACAGAACAGCGUAAUCGAUUAACACCUUCUAAAACUGCCAAAAUGGCAAAAAUUGCCUGGUAUUUAAAAGGUAAGGCAGAUAAAAUUAGUUCGACAUCAACAAUUAAUAUGCUAGAUAAAGAUGACGAAUUAGAUGACUGUGAUUAUGAAGUAGAUGAAAUAAUAAGUAAUUUAGAAGAA